CGUUAGCUUCAAAUGCUACCAGUUCACAUGACGAGAUACGGUCUUCAGUGUGCGGCGGUGCCCGACAUUUAACCGCGCUUGGUGUUGGUUUCCACCAGCAGGCCUUACUUUAACAACCACUAAAGAACCCUUUUCUCUAAUUACCAGACAGCGCAAGCGCCAACAACAACAGCAGGGACGAGAGCGACACCUCAGAUUUAGUAGCUAACUGUGCGUGAAAUCAAGUGCAGUUCGCAGUGCGCCGUGAAGACCCACCUGCGCCUGUAGGGCGUCGCAACACCACCUCUCCGGGCUUUUCUCUGUGCUCUGCUGGGAUACAAGAAAAGUAAAUUCUGCUCUGGUGGUGUGAUCUCUCUCGAAAGAUGAAACUCUCUCACGCUUUGGCCGCUGUCAUCGUUGCCUGGUGUGCAGUUUUAGGUUGCAUUCAGGCUGUUAGUCUCGAGGUGAAAGAGGGAAACUCCACCUGCAUUAAGACUGAGCUCUUUGCAUCAUUCUCCAUCACAUACAACACCUCCAACAGCACGAGGACCGUGCCGGUCUCUCUGCCUGAUUCUGCCACAGUUGACGCAGGCAGCAGCUCGUGUGGGACAGACGGCAGCUCACCGUGGCUGGUGGCGACAUUCGGACCUGGCCAUGCGCUGGGGCUGAGCUUUUCAACCAAUGGGAGUCUAUACAGUGUGGCUAACCUGACACUGCAGUACAACCUCAGCGACACGUCAGUCUUCCCCGGGUCCAACAGCUCCGAUGUGGUCACUGUGGUGUCAUCUUCAGUUGGGAUCUGGGCAACAGUCAACACCACCUACUGCUGCUUAAGCCCCACCACUUUUCCACUUGGUGGAGCAAAUGUCACUUUUUCAAAUAUGAGGCUGGAGGCGUACAUGCCAGAAAAUGACCUCAGUCCAAGAGAAAGUGUAUGUAUGGCAGAUCAGGCCAGUACCACAGCUCCACCCACCACUGCCACAUCUGCAACAACAACUGUACCUCCAGCACCGACCCCUCCAGGAUCACCUGAACGGGGCAUCUACUCUGUAAACAACAGCAAUGGCACAGUGUGUCUCUUGGCCCAAAUGGGACUGCAGCUCAAUGUCUCGUAUUUUUCUCAGUCUCAGAAUAAGACUGUCCAAGCAUUAGUAAACCUGAAUCCCAAUCUGACAAGUUCAUCAGGAUCAUGUGAAGCCAGCAGUGCUAGCUUGAUUUUGACACAGGAGCGAACCACCACGCUCAGCUUCACCUUCGCUCUGAACUCCACGGGCAACAAGUACCACCUCAGUGCGAUAACUCUGCUUGCCAACUGGUCUGAUAUGACUGCCCCCCUCUCAGCCAGUAACACCAGCCUCGACUACCUGCGGAGUACACUUGGCCACUCCUACAAGUGCAGUGCAGAGCAAAUCCUGGCUGUGGUGCCAGCCUUCUCUCUCAACACAUUCAGACUGCAGGUCCAACCCUUUGGCGUCACCACCAGCCAGUUUGCUACAGCGGAGGAGUGUCAGAUGGACAAAGACCAGAUGCUCAUCCCCAUUGUUGUCGGAGCAGCUCUUGCCGGCCUGGUGUUGAUUGUCCUCAUUGCAUAUCUAAUAGGCAGAAAGAGGAACCAUGCUGGAUACCAGACCAUCUGAAUGGAUUCUUCAUUUAACUUAAACCUGACAGACUGAAUGAUGGAAAGAUGAACCCGAGUGUGUGAGUGAGCAAGUAAAAAGACUGUGGACACGAGCAUGAGUGAGUGGAAGCAGUUGUUAUUCUUUGAAGGGUGCAUGUUUUGGCCUAUCCCAUGUGACCUAUUGGAUAUUUUAUUCUCCUUUCACUUUCUCUGUGAGAUGUCAAUGAGAAGCCAAAGACUUGCUAACUUUGGAUGGUGUGCAUCUUGAUGAAGCCAGAUGGGACUUCACGAGAGUCGAGGGAGGCAGUUUGAAUUUGCUGUUGCAAGUUCACCUUUCUGUUCAUUCCUGCUUCACUAUGUUCUAAGAAUUAGUUGAAAAAUUUUGCUUGAACUGCUGUUUGUUGUUUUUAGCUUUGUAAUUAUUUAAUAUCCCAUGCAAUUAAGGAUGCAGAGGGAGAGCCAAAUGAAAUGUAGGAAAAAAAAGAUGAAGUUCCAAUGGCUUGUCCACUGUUGGUUAAAAGUUUAAAAACAGAAAAGAAAAAAAGAUGCCUGUACAUGUAAAUACAUUUCAAGUUACACAAUUCUUUGAACAUAAAAUAAUCCCAGUGACUCUAAGAAAAGGGAAAGCUUCUUGUUCAUCUUUUCCAAUCAUAUGUUUCUAUGUUGGAGGAAAAACCAGAACUGAUCCAAUAGUGUAGUAAGGCACAGUUUAAUCAAACUAAUUAAACAGAGUCUGGUAAUUGUGAUGGUAAAAACAGGAAUCUGCUGCUUUGUGUAAUCAGUGAGUCGGUCCAGCCAUAUUGCUGCGCUGCAAUACUAAAAUGCAUUCAACAUUGCCAGUGAACAGGCGCAUGGGUUAAUUUUCUAUUAUUGCCCCCCCCCAAAGAAAUGUUGAUAUGAAUUGUAGUAAUUUGAACUUUUAUUUUUAUAGAAAAUGGUUUGAUCUCAUUCUCUAUCAUGCAUCUUACUUAAAGUUAAAUAAAAAUCUUUAAAGUCCA